AUGAGAUCCCGACGAACGCACACCAAAAGCCGGCUGGGCUGUGUCCAGUGUAAGCAUCGGCGAAUCAAGUGCGAUGAGAGAACCCCAAGCUGCAAUAACUGCUUAAGACAUGAAAUAGACUGCAUCUAUUCAAUGUCUCCUGUAAAAAGCCGACUGCUAGCGCAAAAUGAUCCUGCGCAGCGCAUUUCACUCGGAUCUUCGUCAAUGGACCUGAUUAACACUGCCGAAACUGUAACCUUGACGUCCUCACCGUCCCCUGCAAUGAUUGUAUCCCCAGAGCCGGACCCUUUGAACAAAUUGGAUCUUCAACGAGACGGGCACCUCCCAGGAGAUCUACAUCUACGUGACUUGGAACUUAUGCAUCAUUAUUCAACAGUUAGCUACAGGACUAUUUCAUGUCAUGAUAAAUUCUCUGCUUCCUUUCAGAACGAGGUGCCCAAAAUCGCGUUGUCUCAUCCGUUCUUAAUGCAUGGGCUGCUCGCGCUAUCGGCUUCACACCUCGCAUAUUUAAAUAAGGGAAGCGAGCGAGCCAAGGGAUAUGACGAGCUUGCCGCUGGUCAUCAAACCUUAGCACUGACUUUAUUUCGAAAAGCUCUUGACAAUAUCACACCAUCUAACAGUGAAGCUCUGUUUGCAUUUUCCAGCAUUGCGGCCGUAUUGGCCUUUGCUUCUCCACAAACUACUGGCGUCCAUUCACUGUCUCCAAUCGAUGAGAUGCUUCAAGUUGUGAAUCUAUGCCGCGGUGUCUCGCAAAUCCUUCAAACAUCUACACAAUGGCUGAAGACUGCCAAUAGUUGGGUACCAAAUGUACUGGCUAGUAUACGAACAGUAGAAACUCAGCCAAUACCUGCCGAUGUUGAUGAAAAACUUUCUCUUCUCUUCAAGCUCAAUACCGACUUGACUGUCACUGGUCAAACCAUUGAGGAGACAGCGGUGUGCGAGCAUGCGCUAUCUGAGUUGUCGCUAUCAUUUGAACAAAUCCACUCAGGUUUUGACCCUAUAUCGGUUUUCAGAUGGCCUAUUACUGUAAAACCGGCGUUCAUAUCAAGCCUAAGGGAGCGGCGACCAAUGUCUUUGGUUGCAUUGGCCCAUUUUUGCAUUCUUUUACACAUGAUGAACGAUUUUUGGUGGAUCAAAGAGUGGCCUCGGCAACUGCUGCAGUCUAUACAUACCCUGUUCGAUCCUUAUUGGAGAGAUAUCAUUCGGUGGCCUAUGGAGGUCGUAGGUGUAACCAGCUAA